CCCUGUCCUCUGAAGCUGGUCCGCCCCGGGAUGCAGAUUCCUCCCCGGCUGCCUCGAGCGCCGCUCAAUCCCUCCAUCCCGCCUCCAAACGCCGCCGCUGCUGCAGCUGCCGCCGCCGCCGCCGCCGCCGCUGCUGCGGUGGGAGGACAGCCAAUGACACAGCAGGUCCAGCAGCAUUCAAUGAUGUCAUCGCCCUCACCUGUGCAGGUGCAGACGCCGCAGUCGAUGCCCCCCCCCCCCCAACCGUCCCCUCAGCCCCCAACCUCACAGCCCAACUCAGCCAGCUCCGGUCCCACGCCGUCUCCCGGGGGGUUCCAGCCCAGCCCGUCCCCUCAGCCCUCGCAGAGUCCCGCAAACGCCCGCACCCCCCAGAACUAUGGCGUCCCCUCUCCCGGGCCGCUUAACACUCCAGGUAACCCCAGCUCGGUGAUGAGUCCAGCAGGAGCCACGUCUCUGGAGGACCAGCAGUACAUGGAGAAACUCAAACAGCUCUCCAAAUACAUCGAGCCUCUGCGGAGGAUGAUCAACAAGAUCGACAAGAACGAAGACAGAAAGAAGGACCUGAGUAAGAUGAAGAGUCUGCUGAACAUCCUGACUGACCCAAACACCAGGUGUCCUCUGAAGACGCUGCAGAAGUGUGAAAUCGCUCUGGAGAAGCUGAAGAACGACAUGGCCGUGCCGACGCCCCCUCCCCCCCCGGUGGCCACCAAGCAGCAGUAUCUGUGUCAGCCCCUGCUGGACGCCGUCAUGGCCAACAUCCGCUCUCCGGUCUUCAACCACUCUCUGUACCGGACCUUCGCCCCCGCCAUGACCGCCAUCCACGGACCCCCCAUCACGGGCCCCAACGUCUCCGGGAGGAAGCGCAAACACGAGGAGGACGAGCGGCAGACCAUCCCCAACAUCCUGCAGGGCGAGGUGGCGCGCCUCGACGUCAAGUUCCUCGUCAACCUGGAUCCUUCGUUCUGCAGCAACAACGGCACCGUGCACCUCGUCUGCAAACUGGAUGAUAAAAACCUGCCCAGCGUUCCUCCGCUGCAGCUCAGCGUUCCUGCCGAUUAUCCCGAUCAGAGUCCGUACUGGGCCGACGACGGGGACCAGUAUGGUGAGGCAACUUCGCCAUUUCCAGCUUUUAUCCACAGAUUGUUCUCCACACAGUGAAAGGCUCGGCAGAGGUGCAUUUGUCAGGUUCCUACGGUCAUGAAAACCAGGAAAAGUCCUGAGAUUUGCAAAUAUUUCCUCAUUUAAAAAAAUCACCAAAAUUUUGUAAAGAAAUGA